AUGGAGCGGUGGGACCACGCGUCAUUGCUGGCUGCGGGCAGUAGCCCCUCAAGGGCAGCCGCUGCGCCGCUGGAGGACCAGCCAUGGGGCACCGACUUUCAGAAGCACCAGUCGGAGCCCAGCGAGCCCGACUCGCCCCCAGGCGAGGGCUGGGCGCUGCUGGACGCCCGCACGUUUCGCACCCAACUGGAGCCCUCGGUGCGCCACUCGGGCUGGCUGCUCAAGGCCAGCGGUGCCGGCCCGCACCGCCAGUGGCGGCGCCGCUACGUCUAUGUCUCGGCCGACCGCCUGUGCUACACCCCCGAUCCUGACGCCGACAGCGGCCUGUGCCCCGUACGCUACCUGCCCUUGGACCGCAUCCCCGUGCGCGCCCUGCCACGCGGCUACGGCCCCAAGCUGGGCGUCACUCUGGUGGAAGACCGCCAGGCGCGCCAGGCGGUGGACCGCUCCAGCGCCCAGUUCAGCCCCAAGAAGGCGGGCUGCGUGUUCAGCGUGGCCUGCGGCGCGCACACACACUUCUUUGCGGCACCCUCAGCCGCAGACGCCAAGCGCAGCCCCUCGCCGGAGGAGCACCUGGUGCUCAAGGAGGCGCGGUGGCAGGCGGAGAGCCAGGCGCUGCGCCGCUCGCUGGCAGAGGCGGAGCAGCAGCGGCUCAGGGAGUCCACAGCGCAGUGGCAGGCCGCGGCGGCCGCCGCCACGGCGGAGACUGUGCAGCAGGAGGGCCUGCCGGUGGUGUGUUACGAGAUCGAAGUGGUGACAGGCAGCCAGCCGGAGGCGGGCACCAGCGCCCGAGUGUACCUGGAGCUGUGCGGGGAGGGAGGCACUUCGGGGGACCACCGGCUGAUGUACCGCCAGGGCAGCACCGGCGCGCCGUCCCGUACCGCCUUUGCGUCGGGGGCGGUCGACAGGUUCAAGCUGCACUGCCAGCCUCUGGGCGAGCUGGUGAAGGUGCGUGUGUACCACAACAACGGCGGCCCCUCCCCCGCCUGGUUUCUGGAGGAGGUGCGGGUGCGGCGCCAGGGCGGCCACCGCUGGACACACUUCCCCUGCCGCCGCUGGCUGGCUGUGGACCAGGACGACAGCCGCGUGCUGCGGGAGCUGUUCAGCUCUGCCAUCCAGGCCCUCGCCUCCCCGCCCCAGCCGGGGGCCCCACCGGCCGCCCCUCCAGCACGGCAGGCGCAGCAGGAGGAGGCGCCCCCCGCCCGGAGGGUGGUGCAGCCAGUCUGGUACACUGUGGUGGUGUGCACCAGCGGAAAGGAGGGUGCAGGGAUGGCGCCUGAGGAGGGCGCGGCGGUGUUCCUGGUGCUACACGGCAGCCGCGGCAGCAGCACGCGCUUGAAGCUGCCGUCACAGGCGGGCGACUUUGCGCGGGGGCAGGAGGAUGUGUUCAGGGUGCAGCUGCCGUGUGUGGGCGCCCUGGAGAAGCUGGGGGUGGGGCUGAGCAGCAGCGGCGAGCAGGCGUGCUGGCUGCUGGAGCAGGUGGAGGUGACGGAUGAGUGCACAGGCGAAACCGUCUUCUUCCCCUGCUCCGCCUGGCUGGGCAAGGGCAAGGGGCACGCCGAGCGCAGCCUGCUGGGCAGCAGGGCCAACCCGCGGGAGGCGCAUCGUGAGGUGGCGCGCCUGCGGCAGCAGCUGGACGCAGCCAGCAAGCAGCUGGCGGGGGCACAGGCUGAGCUGGCGGAUGCCAAGGCAGCUGCGCGCGGGGCGCAGCAGGCGGGCCAUGGGCACGAGGCCGAGCUGGAGGUUCGCCUGGCGACGCAGCAGGCCGAGGCGCAGCAGCUGCACAAGCAGCUGGCCGAGGCGCAGCAGCGUGCGGCGGCGGCAGAGGCUCGUGUGGAGCAGCUGCAGGGGGAGCUGAAGAGCGCAGAGGGGCUGGCAGAGGGCCUGAAGCGGGAGCAGGAUGCCGGGCGGGAGCGCGCCGGCGCCGACUCGGCUCGUGCAGCGCAGCUGGCGGCGCAGCUCGGGGCGAUGCAGGAUGAGCUGGCGGCUGCUCAGGAGGCUGCGGCAGCGGCGGCUGCCAGGGCGCGCAAGUUUGAGGCGGAGGCGAAGCGGGGGGAGGAGGAGCUUGAGGAGCUGCGCAGCCAGAAUGAGCGGUACAGGCGGGACAACAGCUCGCGGGUGGAUGAUGCUGAGGACCAGGUGCGGCGGCUGCGGGCCGAGGUGGCGGCCAAGGCGGCAGAGCUGCGCGAGGCGAGGGCCGCGGAGCAGGAGACAUCUGACGAGUGCGAGCGGCUGAGCCGUGAGCUGGCGGCAGAGCGCCUCAGAGCCAAGGCGAGCUGCCAGAAGGCUGCCCAGCUGGAGGAGCUGCAGGAGCGGCUGGAGGAGGAGGCGGACAAGGCGGCGGCCUCGCCCCCGCACUCGCCCUCCUCCGCCAAGCUGCUGGCAGCGUACCGGCUGCUGGGUAGUGGCGGCAGCAGCGGCGCCAUCAGCCUGGCGCGCGAGGCCUUCAGCGGCUGCUUUGCCGCGGGUGCCGCCAGCGUGUUUCAGCUGGAGGCGCCGGCUGUCGGGGAGCUGCAGCAGCUGCACAUCUGGGUGGAUGUAGACGGGGCAGGCGCUGCGGCGGAUGCCAGCUGGCACCUCGACAGCGUGGAGGUGGCCUGCGAGGGCCGCCCGCCCGCUUACUUUGUGUGCCGCAAGUGGCUGAACGCUGGCUGCGGGUACAGCGCUGAGCUGGCGGCCAGCUCCAGGAACCCUCGGCAGGAGGAAGCUGAGUACAAGGUGGUGGUGCACACCUCCAGCCUGGCGGGGUGCGGUACCGCUGGAAACGUGUUUGUGGAGCUGAAGGGCGAGCGCACGCCCAGCGGCGCGGACGAGUUUGCCUUCCGCCUGCCCAGCCUGGGGCCGCUGUGCGAGCUGCGCGUGGGGCACGAGGGGCGCCGCGAGUGGCACCUGGACCGGGUGGAGGUGGUGGACUCGGCGGCCGGCACCACCUACUUCUUCCCCUGCGAGCAGUGGGUCAGGGGCAGCGGCCCCGGCGGCUCCAUGUCCCGCUCCCUGCAGCUGCGCGGCUACAUGACCGACCCGCGCAGCCUGCCGGUGCAGUACCGCGUGGAGGUGGCGGUGGAGGAGGCGAGCGGGGUGCUGGGCGGCGACAGCCUGCGCCUCACGCUGUGCGGCAGCCGCGGGGAGAGCGGGGCGCAGCGCCUGGACGCGGCGCGGGCGGCGCCGGGCAGGACGCUGACGGCCAUGUUUGAGGGGGCCAACGUGGGACACAUGGAGCGGCUGCGCAUCGGGCUGGCGCCGGGACCCGCAGGCCAGCACUGCGGCCUGCGCGUGUCUGGGGUGGUGGUCACCAACAUGCCCACCGGCGAGGCAGCCACCUUCUACUGCUCAGAGUGGCUGCGCAGCGCAGACCCCUACGAUUUUGAGGUGGAUGCUGCAGGGGAGCAGGAGCUGGCGUGCAGCUACCGGCUGGAGGUGCAGACGUCUGAUGUGCGGCGGGCGGGCACCGCCGGCAACGUGUACGUCACCCUCGUGGGCGACGCCUGCACCAUCGGCCCCUACCAGCUGACCAACACCGAGUCGGAGCACUUCCAGCGCGACCAGCUGGACGUGUUUGAGAUCGAGGGGGCGCCCGACUGCGGCCAGCUGCGCCAGAUAGAGGUUCGGCACGACGGCGCGGGCCGAGGCAACGACUGGCACCUGGCCUGGGUCAAGGUCGCCAACAUCACCACAGGAGCCGUGGCCAUGUUCAAAUGCAAGCGCUGGGUGGACCGGCGGCGGCGCGACGACCCUGGGGCUGUCGCCGCGGUGGCGGCGCUGCCGCCUGACGCCACGGCAGCCGUGGGAGGCAAGCUGAACGCCAAGGACCGGCUGCUGCUGGGCGGCAGCGCCAAGGCGGGCGCGGCGGCGGCGGCAGCCCACGCGCCGCUGGUGCAGGAUGUGCGCAUGUCGGCAGAUCGAGGCCCUAUGGAGUGGGCAGAGGGCGGGGCGGGCUCCCAGCCGCCGGCUCCACAGGCCGGCCCGGCGGGGAUGCCUGGAUACCGCGUGGUGUUCCACACCUCGCGCAUGUGCGGCAGCGGCACCAAGGCCAGGGUCCACUUUGAGCUGACCGGCGCCGGCGGCAGCAGCGGCGUGCUGCACCCUGCGGGGACCACCAAGUCGUUUGGGGCGGGGCGGGUGGACAUCUUUGAGUUCCCCCACCUGGGCGCGCUGGGCGAGCUGCAGUCGGCGCGCGUCGGCACCGACGGCUCCGGAUUCUUUCCAGCCUGGCACCUGCAGCUGCUGGUGGUCACCCACCUGCCCACCGGCCGCGUGUGGCAGUUCAGCUGCUUCAACUGGAUCGACAAGAAAGUCAACUACUCCCGCUGGCUCACACUGGACAGCACCCAGCAGGGAGCCUAUGGCGUCGCCGCCGGCUCCAGCACCAAGCUCGCCGCCUGGCAGUUCAGCCACAAGCCGCCCGCACUGGUGGCCACCUCCCCUGGCGGCAGCGCCGCACCCGGCAGCCAUGCCCACUACCCGCCGCAGCACCACCGCGGCGCCGGCGCCCCCACCUCCCAUUACAGCCCCCACCAGCGGCCGGGGAGCCCCCAGGGGGGCAGCCCGCUGCGGUUCAAGGCCCACCACCCGCAACAGCAGCAGACGGGUGCGGCGAGCCGGCCCGGCAGCCCGGGUCGGGUGCUGGUUCAGGGGCGGCAGCAGUGGGGCGGCGGCAGCCCGAUGUCGCCACACACGAUGGCGCGCAGCGGCGGCGGCAGCCUGCCCGGGUCUCCGCUGAUUGGCGCCCGGCGGCCCGGCAGCGGGCGAUAG